ACCAUGAGCUGCAGGGUGAGGGUGGUCGGUAGCCUCCCGGACUACGAGUCGGCGCUGCAGGCCAGCCACCAGCGGCUGGCCGUGCUGCUCUUCUCCGCCGGCUGGUGCGAGUUCUGCCAGCUGAUCCGCCUGCACUUGGACGAGUUCGCCAGGCGCUACCGGGACGUGGCCUUCUACCAGGUGGACAUCGGCGCGGCCGAGGAGGUGGCGCAGCGCUGCCGCGUCCACUGGUUCCCCACCUUCCAGUUCUACAGGAACGGCUCCAGGGUCUUCCAGUUCAAGGGGCCCAACCGGUGCCUCCUGGAGCGGAUGAUCCAGAAACUACAAGGAAGUGGAUCGCGCUCAUUCCCCAAACUAAGCCCAGCCGGUCACUAGUGCCUCCCUCCCCCUCGCCUUCCUGUGUCUGCUUGUUGGCAGGAGGUCGCACUCCGGCCACGAAGGAGCACCGAGCUACCUCCUCUUUCAGAUGGGUGUGAAAGAUUCCAGUGCACCGUUUUCCCUAGAAUCAA